AUCGGUCGCGUACAGUUCGGUGAUUGGUUGUUACGGCGCGGUGAGAACGUGGGUCAAUUUUUUGCUACUAAAUUCGGUAAAGAUCGGUGAUACAUUCUGUGCUAGACAGAAGUGGGUUUGUGUAUUUUUUUCUGGUAUUUCCUCGGAAGUGUCCCUCCGGAAUCAUUUAUUUCGGAGGUCCAGGAAGUGUGGGUUGGAAGUACAAGGGAAUAUAAUAAGGUAGAAAAGGUGUUCUGCAAGUGUAAUAAAGUGUCAAUAUAGAGUGGAAAUGUCGAAGCCGUUCAUUGGAAGAAACGAUGAGUUGUAUCAAAAACAACUCGGAAUGAGUGGGGUGAUGUCGUCUUUUGAUGGAGAUUCGCUUGCCAACUACAGCGAGUUCGAUUCGGAGUCGGUGACGCUGGACUAUUUCAAAGAGAGCAACAAACGUGGUCCUUCUCCGGAUAAAAUGGCCCCGACGACGACAAUCGAAACCGUUACCAUCACCCGGCCGCUGAAGGUCAUCGCCUUCAUUUGCGGGGUGAUAGUGAUCGUUUUGAUGAUUCUGGCGCUCACAUCGACCGACUGGCUGAUGGCUGAGAACUGGCGCCAGGGUCUGUUCGUGCACUGCAUCGAGGAGGACUACGCCCCGCCACUGCCCUUCAACCUGCAGGAUCCCCCGGGCUGCUACCAGAGCCGUGACGUCACCUACAUCAAAGCAACGGCAGCGCUCUGCAUAAUCACACUGGUCACAGAUGCCCUAGCAACCAUUCUCACCGGACUUGGACUGCGGACGCAGGAUCACAACCUCAAGUACAAGUUCUACCGUAUUGCCGUUCUUGUCAUGAUGGUAGCCUUAAUCUCCCUGCUGGUAGCUUUGAUCCUGUACCCGGUGUGCUUCGCCGCAGAGCUUAAUCUAGAUCCCGUUACUCUUCUAGGAAACCGGCCGGUGUGGGAGUUCGGCUGGGCGUACGGCGUCGGCUGGGGCGCGGCCAUCUUCCUGUUCGGGGCCGUGGUGCUGCUCCUGUGCGACAAGGAAUCGGAGGAGAUCUACUACAAGGAAAGGAAAAUCGUACACGACACCUCGAUGCGAGACUAGGCCAGGCCACACGCCCUGCCCGAUGUUGUACUUUAGGCUUUUCAAAAGAAAAUUCGAGUAAAAACUAAUUGUCGUUCACAA